CCGUCCAAUUACUUGCAUUAAACGCCGCGAAAGUGACCAUGCCGGAGUUCCAGAUUAACGGCAUUCUGGUCAACUUCCCGUUCGAACCGUACCAGGUUCAACAGGACUACAUGACCCGAGUGAUCGAGUGUCUGCAGAAUAGCACCAACGGUGUGCUGGAAUCCCCGACCGGUACCGGAAAAACGCUCAGCCUGUUAUGUUCCUCGCUAGCGUGGGUGCUUCACAAGAAGGCCCAGGUUCAGGCUAAUAUGAAGACAAAUAUUACUGAUUUGAAGGAGUUUGAAAUGGUCCAGCGGAAGAAGCUUGGUGGAGAGGGAUCGGAGAUGGACCAAAUGUUGGACAAGUUGAACGAAGGAAGUGGUGCGGAGGGAGCAAAGUGGGGCGUUCCGAAGAUUGUGUACGCAUCGCGGACGCAUUCUCAGCUGACACAGGUGAUGCAGGAGAUGAAGAAUACGAGCUACAGUUUUAUGAAGGGUGUGGUGCUGGGUUCGCGAGAUCAGCUUUGUAUCCAUCCGGAGGUAUCGAAGGAGGAUGGGAAUUCAGUCAAGACUAAUCUGUGUAAGGCGAAGGUCCAGUCGAGGACGUGCUCAUUCUACAGUCGGGUGGAGAGUUGUAAGGAAAGACCCGAGGUUGUGGGGCAUGCUAUCACGGACAUCGAGGAUCUGGUGAAGGUGGGCACGAAGGUGCGGGCCUGUCCUUUCUUCCUAUCGAAGGAGUUGAUCGAGAGUGCGGACAUUCUGUUUAUGCCGUACAAUUAUCUACUGGAUCCGAAGGCACGAAAGGCGAACAAUUUAGAGAUUUCCAAUACGAUCAUCAUUCUGGACGAGGCGCACAAUGUGGAGAAGAUGUGCGAGGAAUCGGCAUCAACGCAGAUCAAGUCCUCAGACAUUGCGCUGUGCAUUGAUGAUGUGACUUCGAUUAUGAAGGUGAUGGAUAACUCGGUGGCCAUUCCGGAGGAUGACGAAUCGAAGAAGGAUUUCACCAUCGACGAUCUUGCACUGCUCAAGGAGAUGUUGCUGCAGCUGGAGAAGACGGUGGACGACAUUCCGGUAAUGUUUUCCCAGGGUGGGAAUACGUUUGCUGGGACGUACAUUUUCGACAUAUUCGAGAAGGCCAAUAUCAAGGAGGGCAAUUACCACAUCAUCGCGCAACUGCUGGAUAACAUCAUUCAAUACAUUGCCACCAUCACCGAGAAGAAUAAUUUUGUUAGACGUGGAGGUGGAUUGCAGAUCCUAGCGGACGUGUUGUCGAUCAUUUUCGCUGGUAGUGGACCGGAGUACCGUGCUUCGAUCGAUAAGUGCUACAAGGUGCACAUCGAAAUCGAAGAACAACGGAAAAACAGAGGGAAUGUGAAGCAAGCGGAUGGAUGGACGGCAACAAAGCAGCUGGUUCCGUCGGUCAAGGCCAAUGCCAAGGUGUUGAGUUUCUGGUGCUUCAAUCCGGGCUUCGGCAUGCGACAGCUACUGGGUAGAAACGCCAGAAGCAUAAUUCUAACCAGCGGCACUUUAGCUCCACUGAAGCCCCUCAUCAGUGAAUUGGACAUUCCGAUAGCAGUGAGACUGGAGAACCCGCACAUUAUCGAUGGUAGUCAGGUGUGCGUUAAGAUUGUAGGUCAAGGGCCGGACAAAGAGAGCCUCAACUCGAGCUACGGCAAUCGAGACAAUCCGAAGUACAUUCAGAGCUUGGGUCGAACGAUUCUAUCGUUUUGUCCCAUCAUUCCCGGAGGAUUACUGGUAUUCUUCCCGUCCUAUCCGCUGCUGCACAAGUGUCAGGAAUCGUGGCAGGAGACUGGCAUUUGGGGUCAAAUCAGUCGGACCAAACCGAUCUUUGUGGAAGCACGCGGAAAGGAGCAGUUUCUCAACACAAUGACCGAGUAUUAUCAGCGAAUUAACGAUCCCGAUGGCAAGGGUGCAGUCUUUAUGGCCGUUUGUCGGGGGAAAGUAUCCGAGGGGUUGGACUUUGCCGACAUGAAUGGACGGGCCGUGAUCAUCACCGGUUUGCCGUUUCCACCACUGAAGGACGCCCGGGUGAUUCUUAAGAAAAAGUACCUCCAAGAAGUCCGAACCAAGGAAAACGACAUCAUUUCCGGUGACGAGUGGUAUUCGCUGGAAGCAGCCCGCGCAGUUAAUCAAGCCGUCGGCCGUGUAAUCCGUCACAAAAACGACUACGGUGCAAUUCUGCUGUGCGACAAUCGGUUCCACAAUCAUCGCCAAAAGUCGCAAUUAUCCGCGUGGAUUCAGCGCCAUCUGAACCAAAGUCAGCACCAAAACUUUGGUCCUAUUAUCGGAGAGCUAUCGCGGUUCUUCCGCAACGCUGAAAAAUCUCUUCCCCAGUCCAAACUGUCCCGAAACAUCAUUCAACUCGUACAAGAACCGGCACCCGUACCGGAAUUCACCAUUCCAGGGGCGUUGGUCGUAAACCCCGACAUCAAACGGAAACUCGAGGACAUCCGGAACAACUUUGUUCGGAUCGAAAACUCCAAUCAAGUCUCGACGUUCAAACUAUCCGACUAUCAGCAAAAACACGGCCAAAGCUCGUCGGACGUUCCGCAAAAUUUCCUCAGCCGACUGAACACCCAAGUUCAGACGAUAGAUUUUAAUGACAUGACCACGUACUCAAUGCCCAGCUCGUCCCAGGUAACCAUCCACAAGCGGGAACGAUCCACCGAAACAUCUUUAUCCCCUCCCGUCGUGGGGUUCAGUCAGCCACCAACGACGCAGAAGAAACGCAAACUGGUACUGAUUCCCCAGCAAACCAUCAACCUCACCAGCACGGAUGACGACGACGACGCCGGCGACGGAGGUGAAAGCAAGGAUGAUCCAAACCGGCGGGCUCCGGAGGAUCGCGUGGAACUGCUAAAGGUGAUCAAGUCCUCCAUCUGUAUGGCCAAGUACAAAUCGUUUCUGACUGCCCUGACCAACUACAAGAACGACCGGGAUUUCGACAGGUUGAUCGCCGGACUGUUGGAUGCGUUUGAUCGACCUGAGCUGUACUAUCUGCUGCGAGCGAUGCAGCGAUUUGUGAAGGGUGAGCAUGAGGCACAGUUCCACGCCAAGAUCAAGGAGGUGUGUGGACAAUGAUGAGUGCUUAAAUUGUGAUACAGACUGUUUUGAUAAACGUUGGUAGGUAUUCGUGUCAUUGCUAGGCCGAUGAUUAAUUAUGCUGCCAUUUGAAGCGUGUGAUUGACUGUUCUAAUAAAGUCGGUA